CUUGCUGAGCAGCCCGCGAGAAGCUCUCCGCAACCCUUCUCCAUACUUAUCUCAAGCAGUAGUGUACCAAAGAGAACUCUUGAAGAAAUUCGUAUCGACGUAUCUUUAUAGUAUCUACGACUCUUCAUUGUCUUAACCGAAGCCUGCAUCCUUUUCCAACAUGUGGUGCAAGAAAUCGCAUUCCUUCCUGCUAAGUUCGAUGCUCUUGCUGGGCUCGACUCACUCCUUUUCGGUAUCGCCCAAUAAUCCAUUGUCGACAUCUUGUGGCUCGGCAUUGCACCAGUCGUCCAAUACGGUAGAAGCCGAACAAGUCCAGGCGAAAUCAACUAGUAGUUCGAAAACGACAUCUCCCUCUGCUCCAACAAAGAAGAAAGAAAAAGUCGUCAGGGAACCUGCGAUGUGGGAAUAUAACUUUGGUCUACAGGACCCCGAUCUCCCACUACCUCACGGAAUUACUAAGGAUGUGACCCCUCCGGAAAGCUAUCACAUCACGGAUGAACAGAUCCGAACGUUGGAGCGAGAUGGAGUUGUUUUGAUCAAAGGUGUUUUUGACGAAGAAUGGGUCGACUACUUACGAAAGGCAACUGCUUACCAGGUUGAUAAUCCCCAUUUCUGGGCCUUUGCGGGUACAGCAUCCAAGCUGUACGACUACAUUCAACGCAAUGUAUGGCAGACCAACGGUGCUUUUGCGCGAUUCUACUAUCAUUCUGCUAUGGGCGACGUGCUUCGGCAGUGUGGGCGCACAGAUGAAAUCCGCGUUUCAACUGACUUGCUUAUGGUAAAUCCCAAUAAGGGUUUCAAAUGGCAUCAAGAUAACCAGAAUGGACCUAUCACACCUCAAGAUGGAAUCCGUUUCUGGAUCACCAUGGACGAAACGCCCAAGGAUUACGGUGCUCCGGUGUACCUUAAGGGAUCACACCGCAACACGGCCGUUGAUCCACAAGCCGUCUUUGUCGACAUUCAACAAGAAGGACUAGAGGAUUAUCGAGAACAACUCCUGGAAUUCCGCACACAACCUGGAGAUAUGCUAGUCUGGCAUCCCAAGACCAUUCACAAGAUUGAUGGACCUGCGGACGGCAUCUGGACAUCCUAUCGACGAGUGCUCGGGGGAACGGCUGCAAAAGCGGGUACCAAGUACACAGACAAGCGAGGUACGGGUGGGGUACUUUCGGAUUUGGGUCGUCAUGGAAUGGAGGAUGGUGAUGAUCUGAAGUCGCCUUUCUUUCCGGUCGUCUAUCCCCAAUCGGAUGCACACGAGCGUGCCGAACGGGAUGCCGGCCGAGUGGGACGGUCCGCCCUGGACAUUGUCACCAAGAUCGGAGGUAUGGCUACGACAGCAUCCGGGCAAAGAUUCAAGUCCUUUUUCAAAGUCUUAGACAGUCGAUCAUGA